AUGGCAACCCUGCCAUCUGAGCUUGCGCCAGAAGAAUUGAGUGGUCAAGAAGCAGAUCAACAAAGGAGUAAGCAUACAACUUCAAGGAGUGUGAACGUGAAGAAGUCAUUGCUAGUGAAACAGAUGUCAUCUGCUGUUAAUGCUCCAAAGCCUCCAACAGAGAAGCGGAGGAAGUCAUCUGCUUCGAACGUGCAAUUUGAGCUGCCCUUUAGUUUAGUUGACCAUGCACCGUUUCAUAAAUUUAUUGCUACCUUAAAUCCUUGGUUUACCAUAGUGUCUAGAACUACAGUUGUUGAUGAUAUUAUGAGCUCAUAUGAGGAUCAAAGGUUAGCCCUUCGGGAAACUAUCAAAAAUUCAAAUUCAAGGAUGUUGCAGAAGAGAAUAAUAGGUUUUGGUCUUGUAGCUUCGCCCCAUGAUGGUUUUACUUUGUUUAAUGCAUUGUUGAAGUGUUUGCAAGAAUGGAAGUUAGAGCACAAGGUAUUUAGCAUCACAUUAGAUAAUGCAAAGAACAACAACAACAUGGUUGGUUCCUUAAGGAAAAAACUUUCAGAAAGACACCUUAUGCUUGGAAAUGGUGAUAUGCUACAUAUGCGUUGUGUAGCGCAUGUGUUGAACCUUAUUGUCAAGGAGGGAUUUAAGGUGAUAGAUGGUGCUACUGACCGCAUUCGAGAUAGUGUCAAGUACAUUAGAAGCUCACAGGCCCGUAAACAGCGUUUCGAGGAGAUCAUUGUACAAUUAGGUAUAUCCUGUGAGAAGAGACCAUCUCUUGAUGUUCCAACUCGGUGGAACUCAACUUAUUUAAUGCUAGAGUCUGCAAUAGAGUAUAGGGCAGUCUUUGAUGUUAUGGAGUCACAAGAUCCUAAUUACAUGGACAAGCCUUCUAAUACAGAUUGGAACAUGGCAAACCUACUUUGCAAUGUGUUCAAACCCUUCUAUGAUGCUACAAAUAUAUGUGUUCCAGUAGUUCUAGAUCCUUGGUUUAAGCUCAGUUUUGUAUCAUUUCGUUUGGACGCUGGUUUUGGUGAUAAAGGUCCAGCAUACACUAAAAUGGUGAAGGCCACAUUGCAAAAUCUGUUUUCUGCAUAUUCAUCAAUGGCACCUGAUUUGAACUACUCACAACCAGAGCCCAAUGAUGGAAGUAUUGAUGAAGAUGACUGCUGUGCAGACUUUGAACAACAUCUUUCAGCACAAAAAAGGAAGAGAGUGAAAAGUUUAUCAGAUGUUAAAUUAUCAGAAGAUGAUAUUGGCGAUGGUGACGAUAUUUGA